UAUUGUCUUCUUUUCUGCAGAUUGCACCAUUUUGCUAAGACCUUCUCCAUAUUUGCAAUCGUCUCAAAAAACCAACGAAUCAGAGAAAAAAAAAAAAAGCCAACAAAAACACAAGUUUCAGGCCAGCAGUACAUGCAUAUCUGUGAAGCGAAGCACAUUCUCUCUCUUCAUUUUGAGUCGUUUGGAGAAUUUGCUAAAAAUUUAAUUAGCUUUUAUAGCUAAAUUAGGAAUGACAAUGGGCUGGGUAAUGUAUUGGAUAACAGAUAAUUUAUUUAAGUUCGGAGGUGUGUCCUUUAUCGUCACCCACACCCUUUGGAUAAUCUUUUAUGUUUAUCCGGCCCUUUACCUCCAUAAAAGUUUACGCUUACCCUACCCUCUACAGAUGGAUGAUGGGUAAUUUACAAGAUUUUCAACCAGAAAAUCAUCUUUCUCGAGGUUCCAGCACAGGCAAACAAAGGGUUAUAAAAAAAAUCAAAGACCAACAUAGAGGUGUUCUACAUCUCCUCACAUAUACAGAGUUUCAAAUGGAGUCAUUCCUAUGCUGUCAUGUAGCUAUUAUUGUACGAAAACUCCACUAGGUAUAAGUGUUCCCCCAAAUUGUCUAGCAUGUCUAGUGCAGAAGCUCUAAACAUAUGUCCCACGGACCUACAGACUUGUAUGGUCCUUUCUAAUUGCUCGUCACUUUGUGGAUGAGAGGCAAUAUACUCAUUCUUAACUC